AUGUCUCUCCCGUCACGAGAAACAGAACUCAGAGCCUCCGCAGACGCGGCAUCCAACUUUGCAGACGCAUACUACGACGCUCUUAACCGCCGCAAACCUCAAGGCACCCUCUCAAACUUCUACACAACUACCUGUUCAAAGUAUCCCUCCCAGCCCGACAUUUCCAUCAACGGCGCUGUGCUCCAGGGCGGCCCCGACGAGUACAUCGCCCUCCUCGACACCCAAGGCCCGGACGUCCGCUAUGAGAUCGAGUCCCUCGACGCCCAUGUCAUCAACCCCGACUUUUCGCUCGGCUGCCCCGAGCACCUCCAGGCUGGCGAUAAGACCGGCGCCAAGUCCAGUGUGAUGGCUCAGGUCACUGGUCGCGUGUACUACGGCAAGGGCCGCGAUGCGCCCGCCAAGACCUUCAACGAAGUAUUUGUUCUAGUGCCCAACUGGGAUACCUUUGGCAAGAACCCCCCGCGCGGGGCCAGGCGAUGGUUGAUCAUGAGCCAGAACUUCCGCGCGUUGUAA